AUAGAGAGGCAGAGUGCUGUUAUAUACAUGUACACCGGGGACAUCUGGACCAGUUCCUACAUUCUGGUCACAGGGGAGCAUCCUGGUUUCAUUCUGGUAACUGUCCUGCUGAACACAACAUAAUCUGUCAGGCCACUGGCUGCCUCCACGUUACAGCAUUGUGCAGAGGAGAGCUGGCUGAGGCAGGGAGAAAACAGCUGCUUCUAACAGAUGAUGAGAUUUGCUGGCUCUUUAAACCCUGCCGGCAAUGGAAGGAGAGGGAGGCUGUGUGUGUGACUGAUAAUGAGCUACAAGUCCAAUAAGCCUUCACAGCACCUCCCAGAAAAAGAAAAAAAAAAUCUAUGCACAGGACAGGGAUGUAUAUAUAGCCCUACAAGAGGCUGAGGCUGCCUAUGAGCCGACAGGUAGAGGAGUAGCUGCAUAUACUAUAGGACUCUACCAGUGGGACGCACAGCAACAUGAACAUCUGGAUUACUGGCUGAAGGACCAGCUCAGGCUCUACUAGUAAAUGGGGCAGCUGACUACAAUUCAGUCUUAUGGACAUCUCUUAUUUUACUUUGCAAUUGUUUCUUUCCAGUUCUUUGCAGCAUUUUUGUCAUUAAAUUUGCAGCAACCUUUAAGCGGUGGAUACAUUUCGUUUUUAUUUCUUGCAAUGUUUUCUGGAGAUAGAUUUACCCUGCUGCUGUCGUCGUUUUUUCCUCUUUCUGCAUAAAGUGUAUAUAUAUAUUUUUGUUUCCAGUUUUUGGCCAAUUUGUGGCUGAGUCAGGAACACCAUGAACACACAUCUGGCUGUCACCUCGUUGCUGGCUUUAGAUUUCUUCUUUCUCAGCCCUUCGUUGUGUUCCUCUCUGGAAGGAGUUCUGGUCACCCCCAAAAAGCUUGAGUCUGACAUAAAUGGAAGGCAGUAUUUUAGAGAAGGCAAUGAACAGGCUAAAGACAUGGGAGUCAUCUUCCAGAUCUCGGCUUUCCAGGAGGAUUUCUACCUAAAUCUGAGCCCCGAUUCUCAGUUUCUUGCUCCAGCCUUUACCAUGCACUUCCCUGGUGCCCUCCCCAAACCAUCACAAAGCCUGAGACGUUGCUUCUACUCUGGAGACGUCAAUUCCGACCGGGAUUCCUUUGCUGCUCUGAGUCUCUGUGGGGGACUUCGGGGGGCUUUCGGCUACCAAGGGGUGGAAUAUUUAAUCAGCCCUUUGAAAAACGGCACGUGGGAUCAAUUUCAAAGAAGCCAGCAGGGGCCGCACCUGCUGCAGCGAAGGAGAGCUCAGCAUCAAUCUGUGGACACCACCUCCAGGUGUGGGGUUGGCUCUGGCUUGAACCACGGCAUCAUGGAGGCUCUAGAGAGAUACAAAGGCUCAAAGCACAACAAAAGCCAAUCCAAUGGCACCAGGGCCAGGGGCAGUCAGCGCUCCAGACGGUUUGCAUCUAUCACCCGGUACGUGGAGACCUUGAUUGUGGCCGAUGAGACAAUGCUCAAGUUCCACGGAGAUGACCUUCAGCACUAUUUGCUCACCUUAAUGGCCACGGCAGCUCGUCUGUACCGCCACCCGAGCAUCCAGAACCCCAUCAAUAUUGUCGUGGUAAAGUUUAUGGUUCUCACCGAUGAUGGGAAAGGUCCCAAAGUUACCACCAAUGCUGCCAUGACACUGAGAAGCUUCUGUGCCUGGCAGAAGAAAUGGAACAAAGUGAGUGACAAGCACCCCGAAUACUGGGACACCGCUAUCCUCUUCACCAAACAGGAUCUGUGCGGCGCUUCCACCUGUGACACGCUGGGAAUGGCGGAUGUGGGAACAAUGUGUGAUCCUAAGCGCAGCUGCUCUGUGAUAGAGGACGACGGGCUUCCAUCAGCCUUCACUACGGCUCAUGAACUCGGUCACGUAUUCAAUAUGCCCCACGACAAUGUGAAGGCCUGUGAAGAGGUGUUUGGGAAGCUCAAGGAGAAUCACAUGAUGUCGCCGACACUGAUACAGAUUGACCGAGCCAACCCGUGGUCUGGCUGCAGUGCCGCCAUCAUUACAGACUUUUUGGACAGUGGACAUGGUGAGUGCCUCUUGGAUGAGCCAGCGAAGCCUAUCUCUUUGCCUGAUGAGUUGCCCGGUGCGGUUUACGGCCUGAACCGACAGUGCGAGUUGGCAUUUGGCCUGGGAUCCAAGCCGUGCCCUUACAUGCAGUAUUGCACCAAACUGUGGUGCACGGGCAGAGCUCGGGGGCAACUUGUGUGCCAGACGCGACACUUUCCUUGGGCGGAUGGCACAAGCUGCAGCGAUGGAAAGUUCUGCCUGAAUGGGGCGUGUGUGGAGAAGCACAACACCAAGCGGUAUAAGGUGGAUGGUUCCUGGGGAAAGUGGAGUCCAUAUGGACAAUGCUCCAGGACCUGUGGUGGGGGCGUUCAGCUGGCCAAACGCGAAUGUAACAAUCCAGAGCCGUCACAUGGAGGAACCUACUGUGAGGGGCUGCGGGUGAAGUACCGAUCCUGCUCACUGACCUCCUGCCCCGAUACCGGUAAAGGUUUUCGGGAAGAGCAGUGUGAAGCAUUCAAUGGUUUCAACCAGAGCACAAAUCGACUAACCUCCACUGUGGGGUGGGUCCCUAAAUACUCAGGGGUGUCACCAAGAGACAAAUGCAAGUUGAUCUGCAGAGCAAAUGGAACGGGCUACUUUUACGUGCUGGCACGAAAGGUGGUGGAUGGCACCCCAUGUGCUCCCGACUCCACGUCCGUGUGUGUGCAGGGCAAGUGCAUUAAAGCUGGGUGUGAUGGCCAACUGGGGUCCAAGAAGAAGUUUGACAAGUGCCGAGUGUGUGGUGGAGACAAUAAAAGCUGCAAGAAGAUCUCUGGUCUUUUCACUAAGCCUAUACAUGGAUAUAAUUUUGUCGUUACGGUUCCCUCUGGUGCCAGUAAUUUGGAUGUGAGGCAACGUGGGUAUAAAGGUCUGAUUAAUGAUGACAACUACCUAGCAGUAAAGAAUGGCCAAGGACGUUACCUGUUGAACGGGAAUUACAUUGUGUCUGCAGUGGAGCGUGAUAUUCCGGUACGUGGGAGUCUCCUGAAGUAUACCGGAACAGGGACCGCAGUUGAGGCACUACAGGCUGUCAGUGUGAUUCAAGAGCCGCUGACUGUAGAGGUGCUAUGUGUUGGAAAAAUGACUCCUCCACGGCUCAGGUACUCAUUUUACAUCCCACGGGAAAAGAAGGAUGGUAAAGCCGGGGAAGUGAUAAGUAAUAGCCUUGCUGCCCUGCCACCUCCUCCUCCCCGGUCCAGACACCAGUCUCACUGGACGCCAGGAAAUUGGGGACAGUGCUCCGUUAGCUGUGGUAAUGGACAGCAGACCCGGCUAGUGGAAUGUCGCGACCCUUGGGAACAACUGGCGUCAGACUGCCAAGCAGCCCUGAGGCCACCAGAGAUAAGGACCUGUGGUGACCCAUGUCCGAUGUGGGAGGCUGGAGAAUGGACAGGUUGCUCUAAGACCUGCGGCAGGGGAUUUAAAAGGCGGCCGGUGCGGUGCACUGCGGGUGGGAAAGCCACUCUACCUAGAGAGCACUGCAAGUUGAAGAAAAAGCCUCAGGAACUGGACUUUUGCAUCCUUCGGCCAUGUUAACUCAUGGAAUCAGGAAUAUGAACGGGUGACAAGUACUGUAUAGAGCAGCACUCAUGUCUACAUCCAGCACUGAACUAUGGAGAUGUGCUAUAAACCAGUGGACCCUUUUAAGGACCAAAAAGUUUACGUCUGAAACCAGAGUAAUGAUCGCAACGGUUUCAAACAAAGGGACAUUUGAAGGCUAAUGCUUUGCACUUUUUAUUAGCGUGUUUUCUUGUGUUAGUUAGUGUCUAAUGUUUUUAUUAGUGUCAAGAAAGGAUAAUCUGGCAGUGUUUAUAUGACACUCGCUGCAAAGCGGAGUUGGCUUUUCCUAAGGUCAGUUGUAUGGUGCAACUCUUUGGUAGUGGAAAGUUUGCCAAUGGGUUUGUGAAAAAGUUACGUCACUGUUUGUCUUGUCGCUUUACGUUUUUGCCACUUGAGUUUUGGACAUCGGGACUUUGAUAACGUGCCUCACGUACUAUGCCUCACGUACUAGCCAUAUUUCAGUAGCUCCAUGAUGUUCUUUAUUCGUUGCAGUGCACUGUGUACUGCACCAUCCUUCCAAAAAAAAUGGGAACUUCGGUCAAUGGAUGAGAGCUUAAUGCAGCUUAAUGUAGCAGGAGGGUUGGAGAGGCCUUGUAGAAACUAAGGUGAGGUCAUUCAGAUAUGAAGGAGAAUAAAGCAGAAGAAAGGGUGAGGAGGAGGCACAAUACUUUGGUUAUACUCUGACAUUCAGCCAAUGCAGCUAUUUACUAUUAUGGCAUGUUUCACUCUUUGGACGACUGGUCAUAUAUGAUCAAAACAAGCAUAAAUAUAGGGAGUCAUUUAAGUGGAAAAAAAAUGAUUAAAAAAAUUGCAGGGAUCUUUUAUUAUAUUGAGCCACACAUAUCCCCAAAUUGCGAUUCAGCCCUAAAACCUUUGUGUUGAAGUUUUAUAUUUAGAAUUGUCACUUGAGCAACAUUGUCAAAGAUUUCUACAAAAAAUAUGUUUUUAGAUCUACUUUCGAGUUUCAGCAGGGCUGUGUGGCAAUUAUGGGGUUAAACAAUCCUCCGAGAUAAUCUACCUCUAUGUAUCUCCUCUAUGGGAUGAUGGAGAGGCGAGGGGCUUUAGAUAUUGGUAUGUAUGGGUCCUGGGAUUGGCAUGGAAGUAAGUCUCUCAUUCACAUUCGAUAAUGAGCCAUAAUCAGCUGACGCGUUUCACUCAAUGAAAUUACAGGGAUGAAGAGUUUCUGUUGAUCGUACUGUUUCUUACUUUAAAAGGUGCUAAAACAGAGUUGUCCAGCUAGGUUCCUCUAGACAUUAGUCAACCUACAUAAAUCAGAUCAGACUUACUUUACAUGAGUGGCUCUCUGAUAUUUCAAAGUUUGCUGUUGCUUGUAGUUCAUAGAAAUGUAAAUAGCUUAAACUACUUGAGCCUCUACUAGACAGUUGUGUUUAGUGAACAUACUGACUGCUAAGAGCACUGGGAUCCGGGUCAUGACAUUAAUAUAUAGCAAAAUUCAUUAGGACAGUGGUUUCCAAACUUUUUUGAAUCACGGCGCCCUAGAAUAUCAGAAUUUUUUUCACGGCACCCCUAGGCCAAAUAUUUCUUAUUGAGAAAUUUAGAAAGAAAUAUUACAUUAAGUAGAUUGCGUUUAUAUGUCAUCCUUAGGGUCAGUUGUGUGGUGAGAGACAAGAUUUGCUUCUGUUUGGCCACAUAUUUUAUGACUGGCAGCCACCAGCACUGGUUUUGCCUAUUAUAUUGACCAUGAAUAAUUUGAAUUGGUCCUGUACCACCAACCCAGGGCACCCCUGCAAGUGUCCCGAGGUACCCCAGGGAGCCACGGCACACAGUUUGGGAACCUCUGCAUUAGGACUUUAAACAGUUGUAUAUACUGUAUUACAUAAGCAGGCAUUUGGUAACGUUACAUAGUCAGGUAUUUGGUAUUAAUCUUUGACCAUGUUGAUAAAUGUUGAAAGUCCUAGACUCAAUAAUUCUAAUUUCUUACCGCCGCUAUUCAUGACAUUAAAGAUCACUGGGAAGAACCCGCAGUGACAGGGGCCAAUUGCUAAUGUGAUCCCUUCACAUCUCCUUCAGGAGGCAUGUGUACUAUUGCGCAUGCACGGUCAGUGGAGAGUGCCGGGGAGGGAUCCGACAGAUCCCUCUCUCAGUAAUGUAGCUCACAGGCUCCAAUGGCUAAUGCCAUUUGGAGAUGGUGUUAGCAACCUGGGCCAAGGGAGAUUGGGACAUUUGGCAAAAAAAGCCCCCAUAGACCCUAAGGGGGCUUCAGUCCCCUGUACAUAAAUGCUGAGGACACUUAAUAUUUGCGGGGUAUAUCCCGCAAAUAUUAAUUGAUAAAUAGGCUACUAAGGGGGGAAUCCCAUUAGCCAAGGGUUUUACCCCACAGCUAAUUACUAGUGGCGGGCAAUUCAAUUAGCGGGGUUUACCCUGCACAUAAAGAACCAAUGGAAAACUUUUCCUUGCAGCCUCAGGAGCUGGGAAAAGCCUGCGAGAAAGCAUACCUGGGGCUUUAACGCACAGGGAAACCCACACAUAUCACAUUUUACACCAUAUGUACGUGUUAACGCGUGCUAAUACUGUGUUUUCCAUGUGGGGAAAAGGCUGUUUUAUUGAAUAGGUCUGGGUGUGAAACAAGGCUAAUUGGAUUCCCCCGUUAGUGUCUUGCAUGUUUUAUUCAGGCUUUCCAUUGUCAGGCACAAAUAUAACAUUGUAACAAGAGCUACUGUAUAAUGAUUGUACUAAAAACAUCCAGGAGAUAACUUAUCAGUCAUUUAUAUCUAUAUCUUAUAUACAGAUACAGAACAUUUUCAUAAACAGUUAUUUUUCUGUGCACGAUAUAUGGUUGACUGAAGGCAUCUCUGUCAGGUCACAUUUUUUUGCAUAUUAGCUCUUUAAACCGGAACACUCAUGAAUUACACAGGUAAUAUGGCUGCUUAAAACCAGGUGAAAUGAAGGUAUGAAGUCAGCCAGCCACAGAACCAGUGUACAUCAUGAGUGCCCCAGUUUAAAGGGAUAGAAUGGUAAACCUACCUUUGUGGUAUAAUACAGGCUUAGGGGGAUAUCCAAUUACCCACAGUACAUUACCGCGGGUAAUGAUAUCGCCCAGGGAUAUCCUAUAAGCCCCGAUAAGCCGGCAUGAGCGUUUGGUUUAUUGGGGGUUGCUGCAUCGAGUACUCGCUCCUGACAGCUCCCGAUGCAGCACUGCACCUCCAGCUCCCCUGGUCACAUGACCGCUGCCCCGGCUUUUCAUCCACGGGUCACAGCGCCAAGUGCCACCCUCCCUGCAGUCCCAGCCUGCUGCUGAUGUGGCGGGCAUGGGACACUGCAGGUCGUCGUGGUUAUCGGGGAUUCCAAAUCCCUGGAAACAGAUGCUGCUUCAACCGAAAAAACACACAGGUUUCACGUAACCCAUGUGUUUUCGGGAGAUUUUUAAUUUUUUUUUAUAGACGACCAAAUUGGAUAGCCUGUAAAAAAAAUAUUGGUGAAACAUCGGGAAAAAAUUAGAAAAAUGGCAGUUUUUCACACCCGAUAUUGCUUCACCUCUAAUUGAAUACCCCCCUAAAGAACUUCCUCUUAAUUAAUCAUUUCCCAGCACACCUGAUCCUAGAAGUCUCUACACCUCUUAUUGAAUACCCCCCUACAGAACUUCCUCUUAAUUAAUCAUUUACCAGCACACCUGAUCCUAGAAGUCUUUAUAGCGGACAGCAUGUUUAUCUGCAGAUUCUUUACCAGUUGAAAUUUGAUUUACAAUGCACACAGGCCCAGCCGACACGCGCUCCAUUUUUCCCCAAGUCCGUCAGCUUUCCCCAGGAUAGAAAGCGUUUACUCUGGGACAAACUGAUGCAGGGUGAGGCCUGUAAUGUACAGUCAUUUAUUUUAGGCUAGCAAUGAAAAGGAGAGCAAAAGCAAACACGUUAUUAUUACAUGCUAUAUGUAUAUAUAUAUAUAUAUAUAUAUAUAUAUAUAUUACAUAUGUUAUGACAUGCACGCUCGGAGAAAGCGAAUCUAACAUAUAAGGAGCAAGAUUGAGAAUUUAUUUACGAGCAAAAAAAUUACUAUUAUGGUGUUAAAAAAAAAAAGGUCUUUCAAGUUCUAUCAAAAACGGCCGUCUAGGGCUUGAUAACUAUGUGUUGACAAGAAGAAUUCUAGAGCACCUAGAUGGACAACCCUGCAUUAUACAUGUUUUCUACUCUUCCCAAAACCUACGGAAUGUCAGAUCACCCAGAUCUGCAGCGAGUCUUCAUUCAACCUGGACAAUAGACACUGAUGACAUUUGGAGAUAUCACCUGCUAUGGAUAAAACAAUCACUGACUGACUGAUGUUGGAAGGCAGAGAAGGGCUGAUUAAUCCCACAUGGGACUGCUGUGUUCCUCUGUAUUAUAUGUUUUUGUACAUUUAUUUUUUAUUAUUUUGAUACAACAAAUGACACAGACAAGCCAAGGUACAGGCUGUAUGUAUAUAAAUAUGUAUACUGUGUAUACUCUCUAUAGGCAUGUGUGAGGAGAAAUAAACACGUACAGACCCAAGUAAAGCCUUGGUGUAUGCACUGCACAAA